UUGUCGAUGGACCAAUGGGACGCCCGUGUGUACUCGCUGUUUUGGCUCCGUGGCCAAUCAGAGCGCGCGCUUGGGUUUGUUGUUGGUGAUGACGAUGAUGACCUGAAAAUAUUUGUUGUUACUGGAAGGCGAGCGAGGAGAGAGCGUGAAGGAAGGGCCUGGCAGGGACGCUCGCUUUCAACGGACGCGCAAACAUCGCACGGAGAUAUCGGAGGAGCGGACGGCGGCGAUGUCGGUGAAUAUGGACGAGCUGAGACAUCAAGUGAUGAUCAACCAGUUUGUUCUGACCGCGGGCUGCGCGGCGGAUCAGGCGAAGCAGCUUCUGCAGGCGGCGCACUGGCAGUUCGAGACGGCUCUGAGCUCCUUUUUCCAAGAGGCCAACAUCCCCAGUCAUCACCAGAUGAUGUGUACUCCACGCAACACUCCUGCCACGCCGCCCAACUUCCCCGACGCCAUCACUAUGUUCUCCAAGCUGCGGACGUCUGAAUGCACAGGGGGCAGCGGGGCCGGCGCUUCAGCCCAGAUGUCUAUGCCGUGUUCUCCUCCUCCCCACUCCUCCACACAGGGAUUCGGCUCUUUCUGGGCCUCCUCGCCCCCCAACCACCAGCCCGUCUGGCUGCCGCCGUCCUCUCCCACAGGCCACCACGCGCUCCAUCACCACCACCAUCACAUGCACCAGCCGCCCACGUGGCCACCCGGCUCCCAGUCCACCAACGGCCAGCAGACGCCCGUCAUUUCAGCCCUGCACGGCCAGAGAUGAGACUCUGUGGCGGGGGAGACACAGGGUAAAUGGGGGCGAGGAUACACGGUUUAACGGGGUGGGAAUAUACUCACUGAGACUUUGGAUGGCCAAGGGGGAAAGACAUGGUACUCUUUCUUUCAGUUUUCUAAAGAUGAACACUCUCUCUUCUUUCGGAGAUCUCAUUUUGUUCUUUUACCUGUCGAUUUCAAUUCUGUCCAAACCUGGGAAGAACCACUAUGAGGAAAAAAAAAAUUAUGGAAGUAAUUAAGAGGUGUCAGAGUCCCGAAGAAGCCUCUUUUCACUGUCCAGCAGCGAAAGAAAGCCACGGAGUCGUCGACAGUGGACGAUCAGGAUGAGUUUGUGCGUGUGAGUGUUCGGUCGUUCGUCGUAUUCGGACUCUAUCCUCCAUCUGUAGUGCUGUAUCGGCAACAAGCACUCGCAAUAAAAUGCCUGACAAACAGUAAGACUGAAUCACAUAUCAUGGUGGCUCUGCUGUUCUGCAUCCCAGGAAGCAUCAGGAGGACGUUUCUGUAUAACUAGUGUCUAUGAGUUCUUAACAGAGGCUGUUAUGUGACGAUUAAUCACCUUUUAUUUGUUCGAAAUGCACAUGGCCUCAGAUAUAACGGAGAUACUGAGAUGAAUUUAUUCUGAAUCAACAAAAACUGUUAGUCCAAAUGGAAAUGGGAAAAACCGGGAAUCAUUUGCAAUAAUCCUGGUCAGAAAGUUUAUUCUUGUUUGAUUAAUUCCCAACUCUUAGCAUGUAUGCAGUGAAAUCAGGAAAGCUUGUUGUGUUUCAACUAAAAUCGUCAUGGAGGAAUACAUUCUCGAGCUUGAAAAGUGUCUUUUCUUUUGUUUGUUUUUCCCCACCCCCAAGAACUAAAAAUGCUAGCAGACUCUUUGUAAAGCGGCGAGCCGUCUGAUGUUUGGAGGUCCAACACAGCCGGCGUAGUAAAGCUCAGCUCCACCUACCUCAGCUCCAGCCGUGGCCUGAUCCUACCUCCGGCUCUCUGUGUGAGCUGCUGCGACCGAGGGCUCAAAUACCUCAUGCUCUCUGCCGAACGCGCUGUGUGAACGCCAUCAGAGUGGCUCUAGUAUCAGUUAUUGGCAUUUGUGUUAUACUGAUUGUAAUGUCAUCGAGCGGGAAGGCUGACCCUUAGAUCAGGACAUUGAUUGGUUUUCCGAGAUGACGUGUUUCUUUUCUCAUGAUGCCACCUUCCCUUCAUUCAUUCAUCUUAGAAAAUCACUUUUGCCUUUCAAUUCUUUGAAUUUGUGGUUUAGUGUGGACCUCAGUCAGGCUGGACCCCAUAUUUAAUGUGAAGCGACUGAAAACAAGGCUGUUCAGUGUCCUUCUGUUGUCUCAGUCGUAAGCUGAUGAAACACAAAAUUUGCCCCAAAACGUUGUGAUAAUUACUAAAGCAAUACUGCAUAAAUUUACGUUUUUUUUAAUUCAGUAUUUAAAUCAACUUAAGAAUGGAUUAAUGAACGAUGCUCACCGAAAUUUGUUCGGCUAGAUUCACACACUGUAGAUUAUUCACAACGAAAAAACAAAACAAAAUUGCAUAAUUGAACUCUUAAUUCAGUGUUAUGUUACUUAAGAAUUGAUUUGUGGAUGAUGUAGGAAUUUGCUCAAUUUUUCGUAAAAGCAAUCUUUCAUAAAUCGACAUUUUGAAUUCGGUAUGAGAAUUUAAGCAAAAAUAGAUUUAUUAAUGAUGUACAUUGCUUGUUUCAUAAAUAAGGCAAAUUGUUCUUAAUCAUUCGUAGAUCUGUUAUUUUGUAAUUUGUCGCAUUGAGUUAAAUAGUUACAAAAAACUAAUAAUUUCAAAUUGCAAAUAGUUUAAAUUGUCAUAUAUAUUUAAACACAAUCAAGUUUAAGCAUUUUAAGUUCACUAGUACUGUUGAACUUAAAACAAUCACUAUUAAUAACAAAAACAAUUAAACGCAAACAAAAACUAUUUACUUAAAUUCAUUCUGUUUGCGUUUACUUUUAUUGGCAUGAUUUAACCAUGACAGGAUUUACAUACGAUUUGUUCUUUCUCAGAUAAAUCGUUGUAUUCAAUUUAAGAGCGCACAGAAUUAAUUUGCGAAUGUUCAUAAAACCAUUCUUUGCUAAAUUUUCAUUUAACUUAUACACAAGCAGGACAAAAUUGUGUAUAGAAUUUGUAAAUACAUUGUUGAAUUGUCCUGCCGAACUUAAUCACACAGAAAACUAAUUUAGUUUUACAAACUAUUUACCCAAAUCCGUUCUGCCAGCGUGCGAGUUCAUUUAAUCGCGACUGGAUUUUCAAACUCUUUGUACGUUAUUAGAAAAAUCAUUGCAUUCAGUUUAAGCGCAUACAGAAUUAAUUUGCAAAUGUUCAUAAAACCAAGUUUGAGUAAAUCUACAUGACAAUUUGCGUCCAUUUGUUCUGCUCAUUGUUUCCGAAAUGAGGUCCAUUGAACAACCUCACAGCUUCCUUCAGUCAUACCAACCUAAAUAUGGUGUCUAAUCCUAAACUCGGGUCCAUUUUAAAGCAUUAGCCAUUUAGAUUUAAUCAUAGACGGCUACGUGAUAGAUCAGCUUCUGUGUUUUGGCCCAGAAAAUGCAUGUGAAAUGUGAAAAGUACUCUUGGUUUUGGAAAAAACGCACUAGAAUGGUAUGGCAGAUAAUAGUUUGGUCUUCCACCACAUCUGGUGGCUGUUGUUUGCUGUGUAGAAAGAAACCGAACAUGUUGAUCUCUGAAGGUUGAAAGUAAGUGUUCAGUAACCAUCUGGGCUGUAGGUCAUUUCUGUUAAAGCAGUGCAAGAGACGCAAGGCUGAAGUUAAGAGAUGGUGGCUCUGAUGUCAGUGUGUGGAAUUUGCCUGACCAGUGCCUUGAGGUUUGAAGCGUCUCAGUUUUAUUCAGCUGUCGCUCGGUUGGAUUCCCAUAGCAACAGGGCCAAUACUCUCAAAUGUCAUUCUCUGGAGCGCUGAAAGGCACAGGCACUGACUGUUUGAACAGUUGCGCUGCUGUAGAUGUCAGACCGGCGUGAUUCAGUUCUUCGGGGACGUGUUUGUUUGGACUGCCGCUGUGAUGAUCAACAUACGCCGUGAGUCACUGAGAGGCAGGAAGACUGACCAAUUCCUUCAUCGAGAAAACAAAUUCAUUAGUGAACAACCUUUUGUAUCGACUUCCCUCCUGUACUGUCUGUUCUUUUCCCUUGUUGAGAUUUGUAUUUAUAUGUCUGACAAAAAAGCUAUGAUCUGAAACCAUUUUGGAGGUCAUUUGUGUUUUUAUUGAGGUCAUAAUAAAUGAUUAAAUGAC